CGAAUGAGAGACCAAGUGGGUGUGGGAUUGGGGCGGUCCCUGAUAAAUACUCCGUUGAUUGAUAGAGCAUACAAACCAAUGCCAGCGGACAAUUAAUACGUGUCUCCCACCACCGAAUCCAAAUAUGUUCUAAUUUUUUUUAUUAUUUAUUUUCAUCAAAUAACGCUUCCUUUCCCCGCCACUGUGGAUAAUGGCGUCGUCACUCCCACACUUAGACGAUGAUUCCGUCUCCGCUUCCCCUCGCUCCGAUCACUUCCAAGACGCUCCGCCACGUGUACGCUUCAUGUGUAGUUUCGGCGGCAAGAUCCUCCCCCGUCCCUCCGACAAUCAACUCCGUUACGUCGGCGGCGACACCCGAAUCGUCGCCGUCAAUCGCUCUAUUCCGUUCUCCGCCCUUGUCCACAAACUCUCUAAACUCUGCGGCAUGAGCAACAUAACGGCAAAGUACCAACUUCCAAACGAAGACCUAGACGCGUUGAUCACAGUAACAACAGACGAAGACGUGGAGAACAUGAUAGACGAGUACGACCGCGUCUCACAGAAUGAAAACCCACGAGCGGCUCGGCUUCGUGUCUUCCUCUUCCCUGAAGGCGAAGAUUCUCGAGCCAACAGCAUAAGCUCGCUCUUAAACGGCUCAACUAAAAGAGAAAACUGGUUCAUGGACGCUUUAAACGGUGGCGUUUCAGGACUCGAACGAGGUCGCUCAGAAGCUUCUUCUAUGCUUUCUGAAGUACCAGAUUAUUUAUUCGGGUUGGAUAAUAACUCCGAAGAAACAAACCAAAACCUCCGCGAAUUACGACCUAAGGAACGGCACCUUCUUCAACAACAUGAUAAUGUUUCCAAUUCGGAUCCGGGCUCUCCUGCUCCGGUUGUUUCUUCACCGUUUUGUUCAACUUCAUCAGCGUUGAGUGUGCCUUCUAUCCCGAAUCUUCCACCGGUUAAAACCAAACUCGAAAACCCGGUUUCUGAUUUCAAAGAAAAUCAAAACGAAACGGUUUUUCAACCGCAAUUGAAACCGAAUGUUUACCAGAUUAACCCUGCCGUACACUACCCUCAACCACAAGCACAAGCUUCACAGGCGCAAGAAGCUGCAUAUUCGGGUCAUCAUGCACAACCGGUUCCAGUUUACUAUAUUUCGGGUUCAGUUCAACCCGGAAAUAUGCCGAUCCAACAGGUUCAUUAUCCAUUCGUUCAACAACCUUAUCAUGCAGUUAUGCAACCUCAGGUUCCAAUUGGGUAUCAUCAUAUGGUUCCGGGUUCGGGUCAAGUGUAUGGUGCAGGGAUGAGGCAUGUGUCCCCAGUGCAGCCCUACAGUCCCACGGCUGCGGUGGUUCGUGACGGUUUGAAACAACAAGUGUAUCAAGCUGUGCCGAACCCAGGUCCGGUUCCGGUUUACCAUGCAAUGGCAGUGACUGGUGGGGAUGAACCGCAAAGAGGUGGAACGGAGUUUGGAAUGGGUCGGGGCACCAACCCGCCGAAUAAUUGACCUGUUUUUUCUUAAUUAGUGUGUUUAAUGUAAUUCAUUUUAAUUGGGGAAAUGGUUGCUUGUGUAUGCACUUUGAAUUUUGUUUUUUUUGGCUGAAGCACUUUCAGUUAUGUAUGAUGCUCAAAAGUCCAAGAAAUAUAUAUAUUUGUAUUUUAUAAAAAACAUGUGUGGAGGUAAUUUAAUUAUUCUAUUAUAUAUAAAAAUA